GGCUAGAUGGAUUCCAGUGAGGAGGGGGGCCUCAGUGUCGGGGGGGAGGAGAACUACUUCCAGGGCUACACCUUCACCGACCGCUCCCACUCUAGCCGGGUGGUGAAGAGCAUAAUGGAUUUGUGCCUGGGAGACGGACUCUUUGCCGACGUCACCAUUACGGCGGACGGCAAAGAGUUCCACCUCCAUCGACUAGUGCUGUCGGCGCAGAGCAGCUUCUUUCGCUCCAUGUUUACCUCCAACCUCAAAGAGUCCUAUAAUCGCUGUAUUGAACUGAAGGAUGUCAGCGCUUCUGUCUUCCAGCUGCUGGUUGACUACAUGUACCACGGCACUAUUAAAUUGCGGGUGGAGGACCUGCAGGACACGUAUGAGAUGGCAGACAUGUACCAAUUAACCGCUCUCUUUGAGGAAUGCUCUCGCUUUCUUUCACGGACCGUUGAGAUUAAGAAUUGUCUACAGGUCAUGUGGCUCGCAGACAGACACAGUGACCAGGAGUUGUACACGUCUGCCAAACAUUGUGCUAAAAUCCACUUGGCCCAACUUCAUCUCACUGAGGAAUUCCACAAUCUUCCACUUUGCCUGCUCUUGGACAUUAUCAAAGAUGGAGUUCCAACUUCCCAGAAUCCAACUAUGGCCAUUAAGUCGUGGAUUAAUCACAAUAAGGUGGAGAGAGAAGAGUUUGCUUGUGUUCUCCAAGAUAAUCUAAAGGAAAUCGGUGAGAGCGUCCACAUUUAUCUGAUUGGUAAAGUGGACACAAGGACACACUCACUAGCAGUUUCGCUUCACUGCGACGAGGAUGACGCCAUCACCGUUUGCGGUCAGAACAGUCUUUGCCACCAGAUCACCGCCGCUUGCAAGCACGGUGGCGACCUCUAUGUGGUGGGCGGCUCCAUCCCGCGUCGCAUGUGGAAGUGCAACAUGCGCACCAUGGACUGGGAGCGAUGCGCGCCACUGCCGCGGGACCGCCUCCACCACACCAUGGUGUCUGUCACGAGCGAGGAUGCCAUUUACUCUCUGGGCGGCAAGACGCUGAAGGACUCUCUCUCAAAUGCCGUGAUCUUCUACACAGUGAAGGACAACAUGUGGACGGAGACUAGCCAGCUGGACACGGCGGUUUCAGGAGCUGCGGGCGUCAACUUGGGAGGGACCAUCUACCUGCUCGGCGGCGAAGAGAACGACAUGGACUUUUUCACCAAGCCCUCGCGGCUCAUUCAAUGCUUCGACACGGCGUCCCAGAACUGCCAGGUGAAACCGUACGUGCUGCCAUUUGCCGGACGAAUGCACGCCACGGUCCACAUGGACGUCAUUUUCAUUGUGGCGGAAGGCGACUCGCUGGUUUGCUACAAUCCUUUGCUAGAGAGCUUCACCCGCUUACGCUUCCCCGAAGCGUGGAGCUGCGUUCCCUCACUGUGGAAAGUGGCCAGCUGUAACGGCUGCAUCUAUGUUUUUCGGGACAAAUGUAAGAAAGGCGACGCCAACACGUUAAAGUUCAAUCCGGCGACAUCGGUCGUCUCUGUUAUCACAGGUCUAAAGAUCCUCCUCACGAACUGGCAAUUUGUCUUGGGCUAA